AUGGCGAUGGCUUGGAGAAUGCCGCGGGCGCUGCUGCCGGAGCCGCUGCGCAGUCCAUCGCAGCGGCGCCUUGGAUUUCCGUGCGCGGCAUCGGCGGAAGGAUCGCGAUGGGUGCAUUUUGUAGGGAUUGGCGGCACUGGAUUGUCCCCUCUCGCUUUGCUAGCGCUCAAGCAGGUAUGCUUGUUAUUUCUGGUAGUAGUUACUGGCAUUGUGGCCAUCCCAAUGCAGGGAUGGAAGGUUUCUGGAUCUGAUGCUACAUGGAGCAAUAAAUUGCGAUCGCUGGAAGAAGCUGGUGCCAUCGUUCAUGCCGGCCAUGACGAGCGUUGGCUUCGCGACUCUGGGAUUUUUCCCGAUGCUGUUGUGGUGUCUAGUGCGAUUCCUGCCGAAAACGAAGAAGUUGUAGCUGCUCGCCGUCGAGGCUUACGAGUAAUCAAACGGACGGAAUGGCUGGGUGAGAUCACCGAAGAUUAUGAGCUUAUUGCUGUGGCUGGAACUCAUGGCAAAAGUACCACCACGGCGAUGCUGGCCGUUGUUCUUCAAAGUUUCAGUGAUGAUAUUACGGCCAUCGUUGGUGCUGACGUCCCACAGUUGGCUGGCGGUAAUAUGGCUUAUGGAAAAGGAGGCCGUUUCGUCCUAGAGGCAGACGAGUACGAUGGCUGUUUUCUGGGCGUUUCGCCUUCCCUCGCAAUUGUCACUAGCGUGGAAUGGGAGCAUGUCGACAUGUUCCCGGACGAGGCCUCCGUGCGAGAAAUGUUCAAGCAUUUUAUUUCCCGGAUCAAGCCGGAUGGCUGCCUGAUAAUUUGUGGCGACAGUGCAGGGACGCGAUCCUUGAUCACUAGCCUCGAGCAAUAUUCCAAACAGGCUUCUAGGAAACUCACAUAUGGCCUUCACGAACAAAAUGAUUGGCGAGCAAUCAUGCUUGUGCCAAACAUCUUGGGCGGUACAGAUUAUGUUGCUGUGUACAGGAAUAGGCCCAUGGCCAGGGUCAGCUUGAAGCUUCCGGGCACAUACAACGUACUCAACUCUCUAGCGGUUCUCGCGGCAGUGUCACUGUUGGCAUUCAAAGGCAAAGGAUCAUGUGAUGAAUCUGGCCAGCUGAAAGCCAUGGCAGUGGCUGCACAAGCCGCCAGCAGCGCCUUGCAAAGCUUCCAGGGGCUCCGCCGGCGCUUCGAGUACGUAGGAACCGUACGAAGGUGUGACAUAUAUGACGAUUACGCGCAUCAUCCGACGGAGGUCCGCGCUGUUCUUCAAGCAGCUCGUCAGAGAUUUGAUAAGCAGCCGAUUUGGGUGGUUUUUCAGCCACACACACACAGUCGUAUCGCCAAGCUCUUACAGGACUUUGCUCCGGCAUUUAGCGGUGCCAAUAGAGUGAUCGUGACGGAGAUUUUUUCGGCCAGAGAGAACAAUGUUUGGAAACUUAGCGGCGCGGACUUGGUCUCCGUUAUUACAGGCCCACCUGCGAUGUUCAUACCAACCUUGGACGAAGUUAUAGAACGUCUCUCUUGGGAGCUCACAGCGCUGGAGGAGAACGAAGUCAACAAAGGGGGGAAUAUCGUACUCCUUACGCUCGGUGCAGGUGAUGUAACAAUUGUUGGACCGAAGCUCCUUGACGCCCUCGCUUCCUCCCGUGAGAGGGAUUGAAAGAGCCAUGGAUUAGAUUUCAACGAUUCAAGCAGUGGGUCACUGGCGCACCGAUAAAAAAUUUACGUCCAAACACGUGCCACCGCCAUGCGCAGAAAGAACCCAGGAAAAACAGCUCCCUUCUUCUAAGUUCUUACCAAGCUCGGAGAAAAAAUGGAGAGAGAGAGGGCAAACAUUUCGUCCAAGGGGUUGACCAACUUAUAACGGAAUGGUUGAAUUGACCAGCCGCAUAUCCUGUAAGCGCGUUGAUGCGCUAAACGACGCCUGGAAUGUUUUCCCGCUUAUGGCGGGGUUUGACCGUGA